CGAACGGUGUUAAAUGGAGUCAUUUAACCUGUCGACUGACCCGCAUUUUAGUGAAUUGUAGGAUUUAAGAACAAGGAAGCACGCUUAAUAUUUAUAAUGGAAUAAAUCAAAAGUUUGUAGACCAUUAGACCUACGCAAUUUACUUAUUACAAUGCGAGAUAUUCUUACACGCACUGUUUCGCCAAUGAGGUUGUGUACGCACUUGUUUAAAUCAAGUCUUGCCUUUGUUCCAAAAUGUGGCCCAGUAAGAACAGAGGAUCUGAUGAGAUUGAAGGAAUUUAUUAACAAACAUCAUCGAUUGUGCGUAUUAACCGGAGCAGGAAUAUCCACGGAAAGUGGUAUUCCUGAUUAUAGAUCGGCAGAAGUCGGGCUUUACGCACGUAGCGAUCGUAGACCCGUCCUCUAUAAAGAGUUUUGUGACAGCGAAAGAAUCAGAAGACGAUACUGGGCUAGGAAUUUUGUUGGUUGGCCAAGAUUUUCGUCUCUCAAGCCAAAUAUUACACAUUUAAUACUGAAAGAUUUAGAAUACGUUAAGAACAUAGGAUGUAUCGUUACACAAAAUGUAGACAAUUUACAUUCAAAGGCAGGAAGUAAAAAGAUAAUAGAGUUACAUGGUACAGCGUUCAAGGUAAAGUGUCUUAAUUGCGAUCACAAGAUAUGUAGAUACAAACUUCAAGAGGUUUUCCAGGAACUUAAUCCAUCUAUGAUUGCAACUACUCAGAUAAUAAGACCUGAUGGAGAUGUGGAAUUAUCACAGGAACAAGUAGAAGACUUUAAUGUUCCAGCUUGUGGUAACUGUGGAGGUAUCUUGAAGCCAGAUAUUGUAUUUUUUGGAGAUAACGUACCACGUGACAUAGUGCAGAAUGUGAAAACUAACGUGGAGAGUCUGGAUGCUCUGUUAAUCCUGGGCACAAGUCUUAGUACAUUUUCUGCAUACAGAAUUGUAUUGCAGGCAAUCGACGCCAAAAAACCAAUAGCGAUAAUAAAUAUUGGCAAAACUAGAGCCGAUGAAAUGAUAAACUUAAGAGUGGAGGGAAGAUGUGGAGACAUUUUGCCAAAAGUUUGGCAACUAGAUGCUCCGAACAAUUUAAUGAGAUAACGACGGAUGUAAAUAGCUUUUAAAGAUUAACUUGUGGACGUGGUAACUUAAUUAACUGUUGGAU